AUGUCCUUCCUCAGAGAGAUCACCCGGCCAUGUCGGGCCACAAAGGCAUGCCUCACGUUAAGAGGCACUUGGCCUCAGAACAGGCCAUUUAGUCGGACUGCAUCCGUCUCCGCGCCCAUCACCGCGGAGGAAGUCCGCGGCGCACAUAAAUACUGUGUUUCCCUCCUCUCAAAAUAUGACCGGCCCUCCUAUACCCUGAGCACCUUCAUCCCACCCCACGCCCGGUCCUUCUACAUCGCCCUGCGCGCAUUGAAUGUCUCCCUCUCCAUGAUAGCCGACACUACCUCCUCGCACACAAUCGGCCUGAUGCGCCUGCAGUUUUGGCGCGAUGCGGUCACGAAAACCCUGGCCGGUGCUCCACCCAAGGAACCCGUCGCGAUCCUGCUGGCCUCGGCCAUCUCUGAGCUCAACGAGCGCACCGAGGGACGCGCAAGGAUCACCAAGGGCUGGCUAACCCGCCUGAUCAAUGCGCGGGAGCAGACGCUCACAAACGACCCGUACCCCAACAUCGCAGCACUCGAGUCGUACGCCGAGAAUACCUACUCCACCUUAAUGUAUCUCACUCUGGCCGCGCUCCCGAUGACCUCUGUGACAGCGGAUCAUGUGGCGUCGCAUAUUGGCAAGGCGGUGGGCAUUGCGGCGGUCUUGCGCGGAUUGCCGUUGGUUGCAUUCCCGCAGCCGGCGCCCCAAUCGCCUAGUGGCCGUCCUGGGGGGCUAAGCGGCGGAGCUAAGCAAGGGGCGGUUAUGCUGCCCUUGGAUAUCAUGGCGCAGCAUGGCGUAAAGGAAGAGGAGGUGCUGCGACGGGGUGCUGAGGCAGAGGGUCUUCGCGACGCGGUGUUUGCCGUUGCUACGCGGGCGAGUGAUCAUUUGAUCACCGUGGACCAGAUGUUGAGCAACCUCCGCGCCGGAAAGGAUGUUGGACACGAUUUCGAGCACGAGGGGGAGGAGGGCCAUGAGUACGAUCAUUCGGUGGUUGGGGGCUCCCGGGGUAGCGAGACGCCCUUGGACGAGGUGAACCGGGCAUUUGGUGUGUUUAUGCCUGCGAUUGCGACGCGUCUGUGGCUGGACAGACUCCAGCAGUACGACUUUGAUGUCUUCCGUCCCGAGCUGCUCCGUGGAGAUUGGAGACUCCCCUGGAAGUCUUAUAUGGCAUUCCGGCGGAAGCAUAUCUGA